AUGCUCCUCCACAGCGGCUGCAUCCCCGCCCUUGGCCUCGCUGCCGCCAACGCCUGGGUCCUCUGGAACGAGCACUGGGAGCACUGGAGCCACCUUCCCCCUCUGGAGGAGCGCGUCGAGUACCCCUACCAGAACAUCCGCACCAAGAACUACCCAUGGGGCAACGGUGACAAGACCAUCUUCUGGAACGACAACGUCAACUACCACAACCAGGACAAGGCUUAA